GGAAGAAGUGUAGCUUCGAUACGCGUGUUACUGACUCAACAGUAAAAGGCAAACAACAACUGACUGAUUUCAAAUGACACUUGACUGUUGCGUAUGAGCGCAUGCGCUAACUGAUCUUUCCGCUGUCCACUGGGCCAAUCAUAAAGCCCAAAUGAUUGCAGGCACAACAACGAGCCAAUGGAGAUGGGGGCUUGGUAGAAGUGGGCGUUUCUUGAAGCUAGCGUCGUCUGAUGUUAUGCCCAGCUGUUAUUUUUUGUAAUGUAUCUCAGGCCACGGCACGAUGACGAGUAAGACAAAAGAAACACUAAUUCAUACAGUGGUGGCGUCCUUUGUGGUUUUUCGAAAAAGUACUUUUCUGCGGCGUUGUUUCGUAAGGUAACGUUAUUUCCUCCCGUUUGCUCAGUUGCUAUACAAGACAGUACUUCCUUUUUAUACGUUAAACCUAUAGGCACGGUCUCCGGGCGACUAUUAAUAAUAAUAACUGAUAUCAGGGUGUUUCGAGUAACUUAUUGAAUGGAAGUAGCAGGCAGUGGCUGUUCAGAACACUUGGCUGCGACUGCUGCUUGUUUGUCGGCUGCCAGUGUAGCUGAGGUCCGACCGGCGGAGGGGGACCAGGCGGAGGGUGUCCUGAACUCAAAAUCGAAGACUUCAAGUGGGCGAGGGGACUUUUCUUCUUUUUAUUUCAUUUAUUUAUGUAUUUUGCGGGGGAGGGGGGGUGACAGUGUCACCCCUUCAGUUCACUUGUUAAGAGAAACAGUUGGAGUUUGAAGCAAAAAAGUAACUCUCACAACUUUGCAAUUUACUCUGACGGUUUUCUUUUGAACUUGAAACCCACUGCGAGUGGAUGUGUGAGUAUGGUGGAGAGUCGGACCCAUCUCCAGAGGGAAGGAGUUUACCGCUGGUUCUCCUCGCUCACCUCUGCCCAGCGAGCUGAGUUCCUGUGUGGCCUGCUGGACCUCUGCGUUCCCAUCGAGCUUCGCUUCCUCGGCGCCUGCCUGGAGGACUUGGCCCGGAAGGACUACCAUUCGCUCCGGGAUGCGGAGAUCAAAGCCAAUAACCCCACCGAUUUAUCCGGGCUCACCAAUAUCACGGACGAGGCGGUGCGGAGCAAACUGCUGGUGUCCCUCGCACUGCUCGGCUCGGACAACCGGGAGGCAGCGGGGGUCCUGUACCAAACGUUGACGCACAUAGACACUGUUAUCAACAACUACGGCCUGGCCUUAAAUGACGGAAUUACCGAGGAGCAGUUUCUGUUGCUCUUUACAAUGGCAUCAAACCACCCGGCUUUCAGCUUCCACCAGAAACGGGUUCUCAGGCAGCAACUCGGCCAGAUCCAGGACGUCCUGCAGGUGAGUUAUGGAGGCGCGGGCAAUGAGGGUCAAGGAGCAGGCCCAUGUGGCGAACAAAUGGCUCUCACUUACACUCAGCUGCAUCACCAAUAUACCCAGCACAGUGUGUCUUUACCUGGCUUGGCCUCUUUGUCUCCCUCUGGGUGCUUACUUCCUGACGCAACCGCUACCUCCUUGCCUGUGUCUGCCACUCACCUUUGUCAUUCACCCUGCACCUGCUGGCACAAGAAGCAAACCAGUGAGACUGGUACUGCCCCUGUGCUUGGAUCAGAGGUGAAAACUGGGAAAGGAGCUCAAGCAGUGAGCCAAGAACCCAACCUUCCUCAGUUCGAUCUUCCGCCUCCCCCUCACUUUUUGCCUCCUCCAGCUGCUGAGCAGUGCCAUGAUGCUUUAGUACCACCACCUAAGCUUCACCAGGUGAAAAGAGGAACAGGUGAGCCUCUGGAAAAGUGUCAUAUCCCAGUGGCAAUUGAAAGAGUUGCAUUGCGAGGAGUGACACACAGGUUUGAAGACAAAAGUGAUUAUAUGUUUGAGGCCAGCUGGUCUGAUGGCUUUGUCUCAUCAGUUGUCCGAAGUCAACAGGAGGUUACUGAGCUACUUUCACAGUUAUCACAGGCAUUUCCUGAUGAACGACUAGAGAAGCUCUUGCCUCAGUCUAGUGAUUCAGAUGCCAGAUGUCUGACAGUGUUGCCCAGCCAUGUCCUCCAGCACCACAACGUCCAAUUCUUCUUCACCUCCACCGGGCCUCACUCACCUAAAUGCCUCUCCCCACUCUCUUCCUCACUCCCAGACAUGCCUUCCUCCACUCCCACAGCUCCUGUUGUCCCAACCUGCCCAUUUAUAUCCAACCAUACAAACUCAACUGGCUGUAUGUUGCAGUUCAGAGGAGCCAGCAGGGCGGUGUACAGAGUUGCCAGUGUCCAUCCUGUUGUCAGCACUCAUAAUUCUGCCAUGACCCGCUGCUCCCCUCACCUUUCCUCUCUCCUUCUGCCACAUCCUUCUCCACAACACUCUCCUCAGCUGUCCUCCUUCCCUUCCACGGUACCAGCCUUGCCAACACAAGGCUUCCUUACUGGGAGAGGGGAUGCUUCCUCGCAGCCCCGCCCCCAAAACAAAAUUCAUCCACACGCAUAUUCUGAGGCCCUGCAGCCCUCGUUUCACCCGUUGCAACUACAAGGGACCGGUCACCUCUGUACGCAACCACAGCACUCUUCCCAUUCUCAGUCCCUUUCGUAUUCACUUUCUCAGCCCCGUUCCCAGCAGUGCCAUGUACAGUCUCCAUCACAGUCCCAGGUGAACACGCCGGAGCAAAACGGCAUCUUGGACUGGCUGCGCAAGCUUCGGUUGCAUAAAUAUUAUCCGGUGUUCAAACAGUUGACAAUGGAAGAGUUUUUAGCACUGACAGAGGACGACUUAAACAAGUAUGAUUUAACCCAGGGAGCAAAGAAGAAACUCAAAACUCAGCUGGAGUUACAGAAGUCGGCAGACAGAGAGAUGAAAAUGGAGAAACGGACUUGCGGUGGUAUUGCUAGAGUUACGCCUUCCAGUCAUAUGGGACCCUCAACCCACACCUCCUCUCCAGUAGAGCUGCGAGUGGAGGUGGACACUGUGCCUCACCAUCACCCCGUUCACACAGACAGCAGCUCAUCCUCUGGCUACUCCAGCUCUUCUUGUCCCCCCCGAACACUCCUCUGCUGUGACUCCACUCUGGACAGGAGCAGAGAUAUUUACAGGCGUGUGUCAGGUCCAGAUGCAAUGGGACGUGGUCAAGAAAAGGAACGCUCAUGCAUUUUUAUCCUGAAUUCCAGCUGUCCCCCAGGUCCCAGUCGCCCCACAGCCCAGGUCCUUCCCGUCCAGACGGAUACUCCAGCUCCCGUCCAUCCGUCCUGCUCCUCCCACCUUCCCUACACGUUCUCUCACUUCCACCCACAAGGAGGUUACCCUCAAAGCCUGCUCUCCCCAGUUUCAAACCAGACACGUAUACUGUCUUCGCCCCGAAAGCCGAGGCCACCCCCCCUGUGUUUGGAGGACAGGACUAAGGUGCCUGCUUCAGGCCUUCCCAGUACCAGUGCAGGCUUCAGUCCAGGGCUGGGCGUAGGCAUGGGCAUGAGGCUUGAGAACCUGCUCCCCAGGUUCAGACUAAAAGUGGACAACUCGUCCUCCCUCUAUGACUCUGAAGGCUGUCUUGGUGUUACAGGGACUGCGGUUGGUCUUAUGGUUGAGACCAGUUGUGCUCUGACCUCCACCUCCAACAGCCUCCACCAUGUGUCCCAACCUCCUCUCCAUUUUCACCUCUCAUCUUCUUCAUCCUCAUCUCCAUCCAUAUACUACUCCCACCCACCUACGUCAUCUUAUUCUACUUUUGCCAGCUCCUGUUCCUCUACAAAGUCCCUCUCAGAAUCUAAUAGUUCCAGUGGUGGAAGUGGCUUUGUCUCCAUAGCAACCGCAAGCACCGUCCCUAUUGCCACUGUUCCGGGCAACAUAUACUUCCCUCAUCAAUCUACUCCAGGCCCCGCCUCCUCUUCCGGAACUUCAUUGGAUCAAAAUCAAGGCCACGCCCACUCCAUGUGCGUCUGUAGCUCGUGUGGAUGUCGUGGUAACUGUGGGGCUUAUGGUACUUUGCCCGGAUACAGUCCUGCAUCCAACUACCUGCAGCCAUUCUCAUCCAGCUCCGUCUUCACUCUGGGCCCUCUGCUGCAUCUUACCCCCGUCAUGGCCUCAUCCAGUGCCACAGGCACCGGUACCUUGCCCUUUUCCUACCAGAUGAUGGCACCACCUCCCCUCUACUCCCAGAGUGCUGUGUCGCAUGACCAGCAAAAGGGCUCCAGUUUCUACCAGCCCCUUGGCCUUGCAGGAAACGGGGUCCAGAAGCGAUUAGGGGGAAACCUUUCUUGCUACAAUUGCGGUAGCCACGGACACAGAGCAGAGGACUGCAAACAACCAUCCAUGGAGUCAUCUCAGCAAGGCACUUUUCGAUUGAAGUACACUCCGCACUCUGACCAUAAGGACUCCGGGGACUGACCAGCCUGCAGGGAAUUUGGAAAAACUCAAAUAUUUUCCUCUGCCACCGUUCAGACCUCUUCACCACCAGUCUGUUCAACUUGAGCUAGUGUUUUAACCAAAUGGGUUGACUUUUCUUAAAUCUCUGUAUUGCAAUUAUGCCACAAAAAGUGGACAACAUCUGAGUGAGAAAGUGAAAAUUAAUCAGGUCGACUUGUCUCAAAGACAAAUGAGCAUUGAAAUCUCUGGAUGCUGGAAGUGGGUCUGCACAGCAGAAGAAUAAAACAUCAGGGGCCUCAUUUACAAUAGUUGCAUACGCACUAAAAUGUGCUUUAUUUUCACAGCAAAGUUCAAAUCUAUCAAGAGUGAAAUGAGCGACGCCUCACUCAUGUCGCAUUUAUAGACCAUUGAACCACAGGUAUCAAACUCAAGGCCCGGGCCACAUCCAGUCUGCUGCAUCACUUUAUCUGGUUCCUGAAAGCCAAUAAUUUGUCAACUUUAUGUGUGUUUUUGAUGUGUUUUGUUACUAAGCCAUUUUUACCCCCUUUCAACCAUAGUUGAACAAAUAUUAUCCUUGACAUCUGCUAUCCAUCAUUUUCUUGCAUAUACAUAGUAAUGUGAUCAGGUGCCGAAAAAUUUAUACGCGCCUCUUGAGGGAAAUCGUCCCAACAAUGUCACCUGUGGCAAAAAUGAAUGACGCCCCAACCAUAGAACAACUACACAGUAACUCGUGUCUCUCCUGCUUAAUGCUCAAGUUAGGCCAAUUUAAAAAAAAAAAAAAAUCCAACUUUAAGAAAUAGUACUUUUCUGUACAUUUUGUAGUUUAAGGGAUAUUUUUCCUGUCGUAAGAUUUGUUUUCUGUUUGCUUUGCAUCCUUAUUUGACGUCUUAAUUCCUGACAGGCUCAAAUGGUCAAUAAGAUUUUUGUUUUGUUUGUUUUAAUGAUCACACAGUACAGUACAAUUCUAGAUUUUCUCGCAUGGGUUGGUGGGGAAUACACAUUUUACAAUUAAAUUGUAUAGUGUUGGUCACGAUAGAACAAAUCCGGAACAGCACAUUCCUGUAAGCUCGUUUUCCGUGUAGGGCAACCUGUCCGGAACAUAAACCUUUAAUAAUACUGCAUUGUACUGGACCUGUGAGGUUUUGUUUUUUUUUUCUUACGUUUGCCUUUUUGUGAUCCUAAUGAAACCUGUGUGCAAGGAAUUUAUAUCUCUUCUCCGACAAGUGCAAAUUUGUCACAUCUGCUUCGCUAUUUUGAUAAUUGUAUUGUUGAUGAGUAAUAAUUGUAUAAUUGACACAAAAAAGCUCAGGAUUGUUUCUGGGGGAAAAAAAGGAAAUAGUGUAUGUCUGUGGGCAGGACCCAGAGAAUUAUUAACAUGAGGGCAACUUGAUCUAGUGUCUUGACCCCUGGAGGGCACGGCGCAAAUAUGUGCCAUCUUUAUUUAAAAUGACAGUUGCUGAACAGUUUUUCACAUUGUAAAAAUUGUGAGUCAGUGAACUUUUUUGUAUAUUGUCGAAAGGAUGGUCACAUUUGAAGGUCUACACAUCUUUGUUUGGUUGUUGCCUUAAAGUCAGCUGGAUGUGUUAACUUUCCAGGAUCACAAGACAACCUGGGCAUGCAUCCUGCUUCCUCUUUUGUAAGAAGUGCCUUUCUUUGCCAGUAUUAUGCAUAACAAACAGCAACAAUAAAAAUUGACGAUUGUAGGGAACGUUUCACUUUUAUUGUCCCAUCCCUCCACUUUUGGCCAAACUUGGGAAAAGUUUAAAAAAAAAAAAAGUAAACCCUAACCCUGUUUCCAUUUGUAAAAGAAGACCAUGUUUUUCUGCAGUUUCAUUUAAAAUAAUUCAACAUUUUACGAUGGUAUUUAGUUUCAGCUAAUUAGACACCCCCCCCCGAAUAUAAAGGACGUGAUUUUUUUGGUGUUUACUGUCAAAACUUUUUGGAGGAUUACAGUUGGGUCCAUCAAAUUAUUUAAUUUGUUGAACAGAAUACAAUAUUGCACAAGUGGCAGAUAAUUUGAUGAUGGUACACAGCAUUCAACCAAGCACGGCGCCUUCAGAGCACAUUUGCGGUCUUCUCGACUUAAACAUGGAGAGCAAAAGAUACAAUUACGCAAAUAUCUUUUUUAACACUUUAUUGUUAACAAAAUACCAACAUAAAGACAUAUAUGGCUAUUGCUCUGUGUGAAGGUGUGCGAGACACGAGAGGGUCUGGAAGACACACUAACAACCCCCCCAGCAACACACACGCAGUGGCUUUGAUUUGUCUAAUAUUGCACAACCAGAAAACAUUUAGGAGAAAGACGUUAUACAAAUGGAAAAAAAAGUGUUAAAUUAACAAAUCCAAAUAAUAAAACACUGCAAUAAAAAAGCAGUUCAACCUCAACAGACAUAAAAAGGAUGAAGGUCAAGAAUGCAACCCACAGCAGCCAAGGUGAGGCUUCCUGCUGACAGCACCAGGAAAUCAUCCUGACGGUCCAAAAACAACAAACCGAUGCAGCUACUCACUUCAGGGACCUGUAUUCACCUUUCUUUGCAAUACUAAAACAUUACUUGUGACUGAAAAAGGAAACAAACCCACCCCUCAUGUUUUUCAACCAGGCUCCAAUGUAGUGUCCAAAAAACAACUUGGUCAUUUUCUAAA